CGAACGUAUGAAAUUUGUAAACAAAACUGUAGAGAUCAUUCAUCGUAAGCGAUGGCAAGCUAACAUUUAUUGAAAAAAAUUCAAAACAAUCUUAAUGAAAUAAGUUUAGUCACACUCGUGCUCAGCUUACACGCAAUGGAAUUUUCGGUAACACCUAACAGUUGUCGUGCUUGCUUGAAGGUAGCAGUAAACAGUAGACUACUUACCGAUCCCUAUGCUGCGGACGGACGGACAAGUUCCAACGACACGGAGUCGUGUAAAUAUCUGGACAUCUACAAAUCGGUGAUCGAAUAUGCUGAAUCGACAACAGAACAGAUGCAGUUACCACAAUUUUUCCCUCAAACCAUUUGUGAUUAUUGUGAGGCACAACUGAUCGUGGCGUACGAAUUUCGGACGAAGAGUAUGACAUCUGAAAGGAUACUGCAAAAUAUUUUAAAUAAAUACUACGGUGAGAGCUUAAGCGCAGAGAAAGAUGAAACCAUCAUCAACGAACAAUAUUGCGAAACUCUAGAUGAUUCUAUCGUAGAAUUCUGUGAAAAUGAUACUAUGUUUGAAAGUUUUGCACAGAACGAAGACGGCCUUCAAGAGAAACCCGAAGCGUCGUCAAUUGAUGGGACUGUUGGUGGACAAUUGGAUGACAACCACGACACAAUAACAACGUGUGUGAAUGCAAGCUAUUUGCAGAUUGAACAUGACUAUAAUGCAAUAAAGAAAAAUGAAGAUUCCGAUUAUGUGAUCGAGUUUUUAGAAUAUGAACAAGAUUCGGAAUCAAAUGAGGACUUCAACGCAGAUUCUGACGACAUGAAGCCACAGGAAUCAAAGCAUAAAACAAGCCAAUGUCAGGUAUGCGGUAAAAUUGUGUCAAUGCGCUAUCUGGCUAAACAUAAAGAAACUCAUACCGACAAAGCCAAUCGCAUGAGACCUCAUCAAUGUGAUCAGUGCAAAGCUUGUUUCACUUUGAAAGAAAACCUUUACAAACAUAAAAGGAUCCAUUCGAACGAUAAACGAUACACGUGUCCUUUCUGUAAAGAACAAUUUUUGCAUUGGGCUUCCAGGAGAUACCAUAUCGCCAGUCACCAUACGGGUGAGAAGAAAUUCGCUUGCGAAUACUGUGGAGGUAAAUUCCGCAACUCGUCUCAAUAUGCAAUCCAUAUUAGACGACACACCGGUGUCACUCCUUAUCCCUGUCACAUAUGCGAUCGACGCUUUAUCACCGGUAAUAGCCUGAAAAUGCAUCUGCUCUCUCACAGUGACUCUAAAAACUAUCAUUGCGACAUUUGUCAAAAGUCGUACAAAUCAUCUAAAACGCUUCGACUGCAUAGAAAGACUUUACACGAGCAGGAGAGAAACUACCGAUGUCCUUUGUGCGAACGUGCGUUUUCUCAAAAUCAUGUGCUCAGAACCCAUUUAUUGAGGAAUCACCCGGAAUAUGACCCACCCCAGCCUGGGACUGUCGUAAACUUGCGUGCUGUAGAGCGAAUGAACGAACAAAUGAGUAAAUUGAACGCCGAUUCUUAAAAAUAUUAUAAAUUAAUGCUGAAUGUCAUAAAACUGAAGCUGUAAAAAGAU